AGCAGGGACACCACUGUUUGCAGUGAAGCUCAGCAGUUUUCCCAGCCCCAAAGCUCUCUGCGGGAGGAUCUCUCCAAGGGACGCGUUAGUGCCUCCUCGUGCAGCAGCGGCUUCGCGGUGCUGCUGCUGCCGCUGCUCACGUCGGGGGCCCCGGGGAAAAAAGACUUCAGAGUUCAAGAACUCCCUCUGGCUCGUAUUAAGAAGAUAAUGAAACUAGACGAAGAUGUGAAGAUGAUUAGUGCAGAAGCUCCUGUGCUGUUUGCCAAGGCAGCUCAGAUAUUCAUAACAGAAUUGACUUUGCGAGCAUGGAUACACACAGAAGAUAACAAGCGCAGGACUCUGCAGAGGAAUGACAUUGCCAUGGCAAUUACAAAGUUCGAUCAAUUUGACUUUCUUAUCGAUAUUGUUCCAAGAGAUGAACUGAAGCCUCCAAAGCGGCAGGAAGAGGUGCGUCAGGCUGUGACCCCAGCCGAGCCUGUACAGUAUUAUUUCACGCUUGCUCAGCAGCCUGCUGCGGUGCAGGUUCAGGGGCAACAGCAAGGACAACAGACCACCACGUCUACAACUACUAUCCAGCCAGGACAGAUCAUCAUCGCCCAGCCUCAGCAAGGGCAGGUUGGAGAAGGCCAGCAGGUACAGAUAGUGCAGGCCCAGCCGCAAGGACAGACCCAGCAGGCUCAGAGUGGAACUGGGCAGACCAUGCAAGUCAUGCAGCAGAUCAUCACCAAUACAGGAGAAAUCCAGCAAAUACCGGUUCAGUUGAAUGCUGGCCAGCUGCAGUAUAUCCGCUUAGCCCAACCUGUGUCAGGCACCCAGGUAGUCCAGGGGCAGAUCCAGACGCUUGCAACCAAUGCACAGCAGAUAACGCAGACGGAAGUCCAGCAAGGACAGCAGCAGUUCAGCCAGUUCACAGACGGACAGCAACUUUAUCAGAUCCAGCAAGUGACCAUGCCUGCAGGCCAGGACAUCACCCAGCCCAUGUUCAUUCAGUCCACCAACCAAACCUCAGACGGCCAAGCCACACAAGUGACGGGGGACUGAACGGGGACGUUGUAGCAGGUCUUCUCUCUGCGUGGAAACGAACACGUACCAGCUUGACGUUUGCCGCACCAACCUGGUCUGAUGAAUACAUCUGCUUCUGUGUAUCUGUACUUGAUAUUAAGCCUAUAGUAGGCUGCGAUCUCCGGUGCGCUAUACACCUUCCUCUGGUGGGUAUGAGAGUAUAUCCAACAGACACUGACAAAAAUGCAAUAUUUUUAUUUUUAGAAAUCGAUAUUUCAGUGUAUUCAGCUGCUUGUUCAAACCCAUAAAACUGAAAGAGAACUAAUCAGAAGGAAUUUCUAGCAUCUCAUUGAACAACGUGUAAAACGUUUUCAUCUAGUAAAAUUAUUAAAGGGUACUGCAUCUGGUUUGUUG